CCCGUGAGUCUGUAUGACGUCACGAGGGUCGAAUCAAUAUCACGGAACCAUUCCUCCGCUGUCGGUCCUUGACUACGAGAAAGAUACCGACUGUUCAGUACGAGGUGGCUUCCACAACCGUUAAGGACACCGAGAGCGCGUCGUUCUGACGAGAACGACGACGGCAACGACGGCGACGACGACAAAGAGGAAGACGAGGACGAGGACAACUGUCACGGGCAUUGCACUCGUUGCUCGUCAUCCUCUGCUACUUCCGUCACGUUUCUUCGUUAGGUUCUCGUAUCCAUCUUAUCAUCUUCCUUCGCGCGAUUCCUUGCUUUUUCAUGGUUGUUCCAUCGUUUUCGAACAAGUUUCACGUUACUGUGAAUGGUCGACGCGCAACAGUGACCGACAAGGAGCCGUCGAAUUGUUCACGGACCGCUUUUCACCUGCGACGCUUGGAACGUGCGCGAGUGGUAGAAAGACGUUCGAAGAUCACAAACAUCGUUUGGUGCACCUGUGAAUAACUGUACUGAUCGACACGAUCGGUAUCAGUGCCAUAGGCGAAGCAAAAUUUCGAGAAGGAAGGAAAAGCAGCAGCAGAGUAGCAGCACGCUUGGUGAGUUGGGUGAAAAUCGAUGGCCAUCAGUGCCCAUGGGCGGCCUCGCGUUUAGAACAAGGAAUAGCCCCUCCCAGAAGACCUCGCUCCGGUGGGGCGACUGCUGCCCCCCAAAUCCCAACCCUCCGUCGUCGUCGGCCGUCUGGAAGGACCGUCAUCAGGACAUGCCGCCGGUACCCGUGUGAGGCUGUCCCCCACUACUUCGUGAUUGUACCCCGCGGGGUCUUCAGAGGUAUCCGAAUCUCCCAAAAUCAGAUCAACCGCCAUACCUCUCGGACUUGCGUCUCCGUCAGUUCGAGUUCACGCAAGUGGACCCGUACUCCCCGAAGAUGAUCAACAUAGCGGGUCUCGUCUCAAUCAUCCUGUUCUACGCGCUUAUCCUAGCCGUAGGAAUAUGGGCGGCCAGGAAAAAGGAAGCUGGCAACGACUCCGAGGAGGAAGUGAUGCUGGCAGGUCGUUCCAUCGGUCUGUUCGUCGGGAUAUUCACGAUGACAGCGACCUGGGUCGGCGGCGGAUACAUCAACGGCACCGCCGAAGCUAUUUACACGAGAGGUCUGGUUUGGUGUCAGGCUCCGUUCGGAUACGCCCUUAGCCUCGUUUUUGGUGGUAUAUUCUUCGCGAACAAAAUGCGAGAACAGGGGUACGUCACGAUGUUAGAUCCUCUUCAAGAUGCGUUUGGCGAACGUAUGGGAGGUCUUUUGUUUCUUCCUGCCCUCUGUGGCGAGGUCUUCUGGGCCGCAGGUAUUCUGGCAGCUCUGGGUGCGACGUUAGCGGUCAUCAUCGACAUGGAUCAGGGAACCUCGGUCAUUUUGAGUGCCUGUAUCGCAGUUUUCUACACUCUCUUUGGUGGUCUUUACUCUGUUGCUUAUACCGAUGUUAUUCAACUUUUUUGCAUCUUCAUAGGCUUGUGGAUGUGUAUUCCUUUCGCUUGGACCAAUCCAAAGGUACAAUCCCUUAAAUCCAUGGACGUGGAUUGGAUUGGUGAAGUGAAACCAGGAGAAUAUUGGUCCUACAUAGACUAUGGGCUUUUGUUGAUAUUUGGUGGCAUCCCUUGGCAAGUGUACUUUCAACGGGUCUUAUCUUCGAAAACGGCUGGAAGAGCGCAAGUGUUGAGUUACGUAGCUGCGGUAGGCUGUAUUAUCAUGGCAAUCCCACCUGUUCUAAUUGGUGCAAUCGCUAAAGCAACGCCUUGGAACGAGACAGGAUACACCGGUCCAUAUCCUUUCACCGAGGCAGAAACAAGCAUGAUUCUACCAAUGGUUUUGCAGUAUUUGACGCCAGAUUUCGUUUCCUUUUUUGGGUUAGGCGCAGUAUCAGCAGCAGUGAUGUCUUCAGCGGAUAGUAGCAUCCUUUCGGCUAGUUCCAUGUUCGCCAGAAACGUUUAUAAAUUAAUCUUCCGUCAGAGGGCGUCGGAAAUGGAGAUCAUCUGGGUGAUGAGAGUGGGAAUAGGCGUGGUCGGCAUAUUGAGCACAGUGAUGGCAUUGACGAUACCCUCGAUCUAUGGCCUCUGGUCGAUGUGCUCGGACUUGGUCUACGUGAUCCUCUUCCCUCAGCUGUUGAUGGUGGUCCACUUCAAAGAAUACUGCAACACUUACGGCAGUCUAGCUGCUUACAUAAUAGCCUUCAUUGUGAGGAUUAGCGGUGGUGAGCCGUUAAUGGGUUUGCCCGCGCUCAUUCACUAUCCAGGGUACGACGAGGAGACGAACACUCAAGGGUUCCCCUUCAGGACAAUGGCGAUGCUGAUGUCGUUGGUGACGUUGAUAAGCGUGUCGUACGGCACGCAAGUAGCCUUCCUGACGGGCAGGUUGGCGCCUGGAUACGACUUCUUCAGAUGCGUGGUCAACAUACCAGAAGACGUCGAAAGAGUCGGACCAGAUCCGGCGGAGGGCGAACAAAUGGCUGUCCUAGCUGCCGGUAUUGGUAGACUUUACGGUAGCAAAGACGAAUCGAACGGCCGAGUUAAUCCUGCGCUCGAGCCGGACUACGACAUGGAGCCGGAAUGUAAGAUAGCCGGGGAAUCGGAUGGCGUCGUGGCUGGAAGCGGUGGAGGCGGAGGUAGAGCGCACCUGGUGCCUCAUGGACCGAACGUGCCACGACAGCCGCAAUCCAGCACCGCGUUCUAAUUCCUGGUUCCGUGAUCGGAUGCUGUGACCAACAAUAAGUGCGGCGGUGCAGGUCCGUCUUCUGUUCUUCUUCUUUUCCUUCAGACUUUUAGUUCUUUUCGUUUCUUCCUUCUAUACGUCAUUUCCAUAGCAUUCGUUGUGAAAUUGUCUGAAACGUCGAUUUAGAUUUUUUAUAACGUAUAUACAGCGAACAGUUUUCAUCGAUCGCGUUCGUUGCUAAGAUUAAUUUUGUACGAGAUCGAAUAUAUGAUCGUUAAGUAUUAUUUCGCGCGAUUAUUCUCCUCGUUGAAGAGAACUUUGUCGAAGGAUAGAAAUCCUGAUUCUGUUGCUUCGGUUUCCCAAUUUGCUCUCACGCUUUUUCUCCUUCCCUCCUCUCCUCACGUCUAGGAAGCUCCGAAACAUGCCAAUCUGCUCCAAGUUCUUCACGAAUCUUGUUUCAUAGUUGUGUUUAUACGUAGCUACAGUUCUAUAGCGAUGUGUACCUGUUUGAGAAUGCUCAUGCGUUCUCUAUAAUAGUGAAAGCAAUAGAAGAAAGGAAAUGUAUAAAAGUGGUCGAAUGAGCGCGAAAAUGGAACUGGAAGGAAAGUGCAAUACUUUUAAAUAUCGGAGCUUCUUGGAUAGUUGGGCGAGGUAAUUUCUGCCUGUACCGCCAAUUAGGCCUAGUAAUCUGUUUCCUUUUUGAGAAAUAUACACACAAACACACACACACACAUACAAUUAUACGUAUAUAAAUUACAUUUAUAUGCAAUUAUAUAUGUGCGCGUACGUAUGUAAUUGUAUAUAGACAUAUCAGAAAUUUAGAGUUUAUCAAACUGCUUGGGAAAACCAGCGUCUUGAUGCACGACCGAUUCGUCCUCGUUACUAUCAAGUGUAUUUCAGAAAUCGUGAGAACGCGAGGGGAAAGCAACGAGAUUAUCGAGAGAUUCAAUGUCGGCUGAAACAGUUCAUCAGACACUGACUCGGGACGAGCGGCUAUCGUCGGAUAGGAUAGAGUCUAUAGAUGAACGUUACAUGCAAAGUUUUUAGAACGAGUUAAAUUAGACGGAUCACGUUAUCGUUUAGUCCUCUUCCACGUGUAUCGUUCCACUUUCUUCGUCCUAUUCAUUGUCAUGAUAUUAGUAUUUAAUAAUAUACCGUCAUUGGUUAGAGUCCAUCUUAGAAUCUCGAUGUUAGAAAAAAAUAUAAAAGUAAGAAAGAAACAAAAAGACGUUAAGAGGCUUUUGUACGUGCGACUCAUCGUUCUUCCCUUGCUUAAUCUGACUGGAAACAUAGUCAAUACAUACGAUGCAUAUAUACGUUCGUUUAUACUAUAAAAAAACGAAGCGGAGUUAGGCGUUAUAAAUUAGUAUGUCACGUAGCCGCUCGUAGAACUCCUCGAGAUUUUUCGUGACUCACGCGUUAAAGCUACCGGGGUCAGCCAACUCGAAUUUUUCUUUUGCAUCGAUGAUGGUGAUUUGAAGGCACGUAAAUCUCAACUCAAUCAAUGAUACAGAGCCCGAUGUUAUAUUCGACACAUUCGAAACCACAGUUUUUGUUCUUUAUUUAUUCGAUGUACAACUGGCCUCGGAGUUAGAUCGAAGGGUUCGAUAAAAUUUUGCCUCGGUAAAUUGUCGAUUUUUAUAAAAUUCUUACGUUUGUCUGAUAAGCACAAUGAAUCGUAAAACUAUAAACGCGAUACAAAAAUUAGGAAAUCGUAAAUAUCGUAAAUGUAGAUCACGAUGUAAGACGACAUCGUAAUUAUUAAAAGACAUCAAUUGAACUUAAAAAAUAAAAUAUUCGAUUCGAUAAAUAUCAUACCGGUUAAAAGUUUUUGUAUAAGUAUUGCACCGAUUAACUCACAUCUUUGUACUAACUCAUUUCUAAACGUCCAUAAACGACAUAAACGAAUAAAUUAACGAUCGAACACGAUGCGUGAGUGAACGGAUGAUCGUGUACACAAAUCGGUCGUAGCACAGAUUCGUUGUGUUUAUUAUAUAGUAUAUAUACAUAUAUAUAUAAAAUGUAUAAUAUAAUUAACAUUAUCGGCAUUAAAAUGAAUUGCGAGUGAAUUAGCAGUAUCGAACAGAAGAGAAAAAGAAUCAGAUUUCUCGCCGCAUGUACACACACACACACACACACACACACACACACACGAAGACUAAAGUCGUAGUUUUUAAUGUCGCUGAUGCGAAUUAUCGCCGCUGUUGUUAAUUUUGACGAUUGAUUUAUCGGGUAGGUUAUUGUUUAACGUAGCCGUUACGUUGUUCACGAAGGCCACACGGUAAUGCCUAUGUAGUAGAAUUAUUGCUCGUUAUAGUUGCUCAUCCCAUUCUUUAUCGCAAAAGAAAAACAAAAAAAAAAAAAAAAAUGUAACAGAGAAAUCGUGAGCAAGUGGUGUGUGUAUAAUUGUUAAGCGAGUAGUUCCUACUCAGUCUCCGAAUUUCACAAUGUUUUCCCACGUCCCUGAAUAUCCUUCUUUGACGGUCGAAAGUUUCGUUGGACGAUGAUCGGUGAACGUAAUUGAAGAGAAACAUAAACGGAACCUCUUAACGAGUUUCUCAUUUACCGUUUUCGGUAAUGAACAUUCAUGGACAAAUAUAUGAUCGUUACAUCUACAAAAACGCGCGCGAGAAUUAAUUUUUUUUGCGAAACGAAGCGUGUGCGAGUUUUUUUUACCUGUCACGCGAACGUCCAAGCUCUUUCGACGCUUGUCUCGAACCUUUUCAUUGGUCGUCACGGUCGAUCGCAAUCAUUUUACGCGACUCAAGCGAAUAACGCACACAAUGAAAUCGUAGCAGUUUUACGCAAUUAUUUUAAAGUAGACAUGAAUCGUCGUUGGAAAUAAGCAAACUUUCAUCCGUCGUUAUCGUUUACCAUCCUCCUUCCCAACUAGGGGUAUUCAAUCAUUAGAAUGUGGUCGUUUUGCCAUACCAACCACAGGGUUAAAAGUCACACGCGGAUUAUUCAUUUAACCUGUCAGAUCUUAGGAAGCAUCUUCUUAAUCACGAGGUAACGGUAUAAGAAAAUAACGACGUUAGUUCCGUACGGAAGUAGCUUUUAAGCGUACGCUGUCGUAGAAGAUGUAGCGCUCGUUAAGCGAGGCGUCUUUGCACGACCAACGGUGGUGAAAUUACAUCUAGACAAAUGACAGAGGGAAGAGAAUGUUUCCUGUGCAUCACGAUGUAUACACAGACGCAUCUUCUGUGUAUUUUCAUUCGGUUGCUGUCAACAGAUAGAAGACUUUCACUCGGCUAUUAAGUCCGCGAUGAGUUGGCUGGUUAAGUCAAGCUAUUUGCAGACAACGGAGAGCGGAAUUAUCGUUAUUAUAUCGCCAGUGUGGCCACUUUGUAGCUGGUAACCGCGUUCUUUUCGCUAUAUCCUUUUUACAACCAGAAACAGAAUUAGACGAUCAUAAAACGUUUCUUUGCGGAUGAUCGGAAUUGCACGUAGCUCAGAUUGAAGGAACAAUUAAGCGAGGAACAGAAAAAGGAAAAAAGAAUUCCGGGUUCAAUGAGUUUGCUUGGUUUCAUACUGGCUCAUCGUUGAAAGAUUUUACGCUGUCAAUGACAUACGUACGCCGUAACGCGAAACCGAAGAUACUUCAAGUCAGGAAGAAUACGGAUUAGAAUGCGUUCAGAAUUGCCUAUAUUAUUUUAUCGCCAGUAUUUUAAUGAUACGAUAGGCAAAGUUAUUUUUAUGAUUUAUAAUAGUUACUGUAUAUCAUCUCGAUUCUCGAUAGAAGCUGAAUUUCUGAUCGUAUAAAGUAUAUAAAAAGGAUCUCGUUUGAGACGACAGGUUAAUGUAAUAAUUCAUAGCAUAUCUUGGUUCGUUAAUUCACCCUGUUCCAUCGAAACGGCAUACCGUGUAAGAGGAAAGAAGGAGAAUCUCGCGAUAUGCGAAUGAAUAUUGUUGCGUAGAUAAAUCUAUAUGAUAAGAUCCGAUGUAUUUCUAGUGGCGUACGUGUUAAUUAUGAGACAGCCACUGUCACGUACAUAUCAAAUACCAUGCAUUGUAAUCAACGAUGUAACGGAAAAUCUAUACAUAUCAUGAUGCGUGCUCUACAUUAUACAUACAUACAUUAGGUAUACUAGCGUGUAAGGUAAGGAAGUACGUAAGGAGGGGAAAAACAUGAUAAAAAAAUAUAUAUAAGACAUGUAUAUAUGCGUAUUAUAUAUAUAUAUAUAUAUAUAUAUAUAUAAUAUAAUAUAUAAUAUAUAUAUAUAUAUAGUGUGGUUAUCCUCUCGCAAAAAGAGAUCGAUGGUUUCGUAACUCCACAGAAUUAGGGAGACCCUCUUCAGUUUUUGCGAGCGACGAGUGUCUCCUUAAUUCCUCUUUAAUUCCGGGUGUACUAUCCAGCGAUCUGGCCAGAGGAGAAGAGAAACGAGGGCUCGCGUGUAUCGCGAACUAAUUAAAAAGCGAAGAAAAAAUGUGCGAACGAUGGGCUGCCUGAACGCCGAACGCGAAACGAAAGGUUCAAUCGAGCUAGUGAUGCGAACUCGUUACUAUAAUAAUACGCAGCGUUACGGAAACGCAGUGUUCCACAACUACUCACCUGCUUUGAAACGGAAUCGCGUACCUAAUGUUAUUGUAACUUUCGUCCUAUCUCGCAAGCCUGGGACGCCUACCUAUCAUAGAGUAUUAUUAUGUGUAAAAACAAAGAAAAAUGCCCGACUUACCCGUAAGAGCAUAUAUAUGUAUAUGUAUUACGAAAGCGUUACCGAUACUGUAUUAUACGACAUAUUAUACGUGUAUAAUUGAGAAAUUGAACGCGAUGUUGAUCGUAAAUGUUAAAAAUAAAAAGUGUACGAAAAAGUUAGAGUUGUUAUUUU